AUGGCUGAGAAGGCUCCACCAGGGAUCAACAAAAAGUCUUCAAGGUCUGCCCUGUCACUGCCCCCGGAACCGGUGGAGAUCAUUAGGAGCAAAGCCUGCUCACGGAGGGUUAAAAUAAAUGUUGGUGGGCUCAACCAUGAGGUGCUGUGGAGGACUUUGGACAGACUUCCAAGGACACGAUUAGGAAAGCUCAGAGACUGCAAUACCCAUGAAUCUCUGCUGGAAGUCUGUGACGACUAUAAUCUAAAUGAAAAUGAGUAUUUUUUUGAUCGGCACCCGGGGGCUUUCACUUCCAUUCUGAAUUUCUACAGGACAGGGAAACUGCAUAUGAUGGAAGAAAUGUGUGCUGUUUCUUUUGGCCAGGAGCUUGAUUACUGGGGGAUUGAUGAGAUAUAUUUAGAGUCUUGCUGCCAGGCAAGAUACCAUCAAAAGAAGGAGCAGAUGAAUGAGGAGCUGAGGAGAGAGGCGGAGACAAUGCGGGAGAGAGAAGGGGAAGAGUUUGAUAACACCUGCUGCCCAGAGAAGAGGAAGAAGCUCUGGGACUUGCUGGAGAAACCCAACUCAUCCGUGGCAGCAAAGAUUUUGGCCAUUGUGUCCAUUCUGUUCAUCGUACUGUCCACUAUUGCUUUGUCUCUUAACACGCUGCCAGAGCUUCAAGAAAUAGAUGAAUUUGGGCAGCCAAAUGACAACCCUCAGCUCGCACAUGUCGAAGCUGUGUGUAUUGCUUGGUUUACCAUGGAGUACCUUUUGCGUUUUCUGUCCUCACCAAAUAAGUGGAAGUUCUUCAAAGGCCCGUUAAAUGUCAUUGACUUGCUGGCUAUCUUGCCAUACUAUGUCACCAUUUUCCUCACGGAGUCCAACAAAAGUGUCCUGCAGUUCCAAAAUGUCAGACGUGUUGUUCAGAUAUUUCGUAUCAUGAGGAUCCUGAGGAUUCUUAAGCUCGCCAGACAUUCCACAGGCCUUCAGUCGUUAGGCUUUACGCUCAGGCGGAGUUACAAUGAGCUGGGCUUGUUGAUAUUGUUUUUAGCCAUGGGAAUAAUGAUAUUUUCAAGUCUCGUUUUCUUUGCUGAAAAGGAUGAGGAUGCUACAAAAUUUACCAGUAUCCCUGCAUCGUUCUGGUGGGCAACUAUCACUAUGACUACCGUAGGAUACGGGGACAUCUACCCUAAGACGCUACUAGGUAAAAUAGUUGGAGGGCUUUGCUGUAUCGCUGGAGUGCUGGUCAUAGCCCUGCCCAUACCAAUCAUUGUGAACAACUUCUCAGAGUUUUACAAGGAGCAGAAAAGACAGGAGAAGGCCAUUAAGAGGAGAGAGGCACUUGAGCGAGCUAAAAGAAAUGGCAGCAUUGUCUCCAUGAACCUGAAGGACGCCUUUGCUCGCAGUAUGGAGAUGAUAGAUGUGGCCGUGGAUUCGGGUAAGCCUGGAGAAGCAGCCAAUCCAAAGGAGACACCUGAUGACAGCCGCUUGUCUCCAAGCCGGUGGAAAUGGGCCAGAAGGACGAUGUCUGAAACAAGCUCCAACAAGUCUUACGAGAACAGGUACCAAGAAGUCAGUCAACGAGACUCCCAUGAGCAGCUGAACAACGCCGCGUCUUCCUCCAGCCCGCAGCACCUCAGUGCCCAAAAGCUGGAGAUGCUGUAUAACGAAAUUACUAAAACUCAGUCUCAGCCUAAUCUUAAUGCUGGUUACCUAGACCAGCCCUCCAAGCCCCCUGUGUAUGAGGAAGAGAUAGAAAUGGAGGAGGUUGCAGGUCAGAGGGACCCGCUGCCGGCUGGGCCGACGGACAUCAUCAUGGACAUGAGGAGCACCUCCAGCAUCGACAGCUUCGCCAGCUGUGCGACCGACCUCACCGACACAGAGAGAUCCCCCCUCUCUCUGGUUCCUGGCUCCCACCUGCAAAUGAGAUUUGCAGCUGAUGCUGUUAACCUGGAAGACAACCAAAGAGGAAGAAGUUCUCAGUUUAUACCCUUCACAAAAGACAGAGUAUUUUCUCCGGCCGAUGUCACCUUUGACUAUAAUCCAGUCAGCAGAGCUGUUCUCAAUGAUGGCAGUGAGUCCCAAACUGUUUUGCAUGGUCAUUUGCAUUUCGACACUGCCAUGGAAAGCCCCAAAAGUUCCCUGAAAGGUAGCAACCCGUUAAAAUCUCGAUCCCUUAAAGUUAAUUUCAAAGACAGUCGAAGCGGCGCUCCGCAAACGCCGCCGAGCACGGCGAGGCCGCUGCCGGUGACGGCAGGAGCAGACUGCGCCCAGGCCGCCCCCCAGCACAUCAGCACCAUUCUCCUGGAAGAAAACUCCCCCCAGGGUGAACGGCCUCUACUCGGCGCCCACGCGUCGGCCCUUUGUCAGGGGCAUCCGAAAAAAUCAUCUCCUCUCCUCCCCAGACACAAGUUCUUCACUUUCCCUUUAAAAGAGAGGAGGAGCUUCACUGAAAUGGACACGGGGGAAGAAGAAGAGUUUAUGGAGGUCCGUGGUGUGAAACAGGAGAAGAAGCAGGCGGCCAAGACAAAUUGCUGCGGGGACAAGCACAAGGAUGGCAGCCAUUUAACAGAGGAGCCACAGCUCAGCUCUUCACCCAAAAGCAUGAGCCACAACUGCACUCAAGACAUUUACCAUGCCGUGGGUGAGGUACAGCAAGACAGUAACCAAGAAGGUCACAAAAUGGAAAACCAUCUGUUUGCCCCAGAAAUUCAUUCAGGUCCAGGAGAAACUGGUUACUCUCCCACACGCGAAACUAGCAUGUGA